AUGACGACCGGGGCUGGGCUCGACUACCGGUCCGCGGGUGUCGAUAUCGACGCCGGCGCGGAAGCCGUGCGCCGGAUCCGGGCUCUCGCGCGGGGGACGUUCACCCCCGGGGUGCUCUCGGACAUCGGUAGCUUCGGCGGCCUGUUCCGGCCGGACCUGACGGGUCUGACCGAGCCCGUCCUGGUGUCGAGCGCCGAUGGGGUCGGCACGAAGCUGAAGGUCGCGUUCCUCGCCGGCCGGCACGACACCGUCGGAUGCGACCUCGUCAAUCACUGCGUGAACGACAUACUCGUGCAGGGCGCAACGCCCUUGUUCUUUCUGGACUAUCUCGCGACCGGCCGGCUCUCGCCGGACGUCACCGAGGCGGUGGUCCGUGGGAUCGCGGCCGCUUGCGCCGAGAACCGGUGCGCCCUCCUGGGGGGUGAGACCGCGGAGAUGCCGGGGUUCUACGCCGACGGCGAGUACGACCUGGCCGGCUUCGUCGUCGGCCUCGCCGACCGGGGUCGCCUGAUCGACGGCCGCGGGAUCCGGCUCGGAGACCCGGUGAUCGGCUUGCCGUCCACCGGCCUGCACACCAACGGAUACUCGCUGGCCCGCCGCAUCGUGUUCGACACCCUGGGCCUCGCGGUGGACUCGGCCCCGGAGGGACUCGACGGACGGGUCGGCGACGUGCUGUUGCGGCCGCACCGUUCGUACCUGCGGCCGGUGUCGCCGCUGCUGGCCGAGGGGGCCGGGGUCGUCAAGGCGAUGGCCCACAUCACCGGGGGCGGACUGACCGACAAUCUUCCCCGCGUGCUCCCCCCCGGGCGUCGCGGUGGAGAUCGAUACAAAGGCCUGGACCCCGCCGCCGGUGUUCACCUUCCUGCAGCGGCACGGCGAGCUGACCGACGCCGAGGCGUUCCGGACGUUCAACAUGGGUAUCGGCCUCGUCAUCGUCUGUGCGCCCGAUCGGCGCGACACGCUGCUCGCAGAGUGCCGCCGGCACGGGGAACCGGGGGCGGCGGUCAUCGGUCGGGUCACGACCGGCGACGGCACGGUGCGGUACGCAUGACCGGCAGGGGCGCCGACUCGGGCGGCGGCGCCGGAAGCCGCCGACUCGGCGUGUUGAUCUCGGGGCGGGGCAGCAAUCUGCAGGCGAUCAUCGAUGCGAUUGCCGCGGGGCGGCUCGUCGCCGAGGUCGCGGUGGUCGUCUCCAACCGGCCGGACGCCCCGGGGCUCGAGCGCGCCCGCCGCGCCGGCAUCGAGACGGCGGUUCUGGACCACACCGCGUACGCCUCGCGGGAAGCCUAUGGCCGCGAGCUCGCGGCCGUGCUGCGCCGGUACGACGUCGCCCUGGUCUGUCUGGCCGGGUUCAUGCGGCUCCUGAGCGCAGCGUUCGUGUCCGCCUUCCCCAACCGCAUCCUGAACGUCCAUCCGUCGCUGCUGCCCGCGUUCCCCGGUCUGCACGGCCAGGAGCAGGCGUGGCGCCAUGGCGUCAGGGUCGCCGGCGCCACGGUGCAUAUCGUCACCCCCGAGCUCGAUGCGGGCCCGAUCGUCGAGCAGGCAGCCGUGUCGGUUCGCGACGAGGACACCCCCGACUCGUUGUCGGCUCGAAUCCUGAUCGAGGAGCAUCGCAUCUAUCCCGGAGGCCAUCGGCGUCGUGCUCGACGGCGGGUGGCGCAUCGAGGGCCGCCGACUGGUCGGAUGUCUUCCAUGCCGGGGACCCUCGCCGAGCAGAUGGCCUACCUGACGAAGGGGGCGGUCGACGUCGUGCGCGAGUCCGAGCUCCGAUCGAAGCUGGAGCAGGCGGCCGGGAAGGAGCGGUCCCUGGUGGUCAAGGUCGGCUUCGACCCCACGGCGCCGGACCUGCAUCUGGGGCACACGGUGCUGAUCCGGAAGAUGAAGCACUUCCAGGAUCUGGGCCACACGGUCGUCUUCCUCAUCGGUGACUUCACCGGACUGAUCGGCGACCCGACCGGCCGGUCGAAGACCCGCCCGCCCCUGACGAGGGACGAGAUCGAGCAGAACGCCGACACCUACCGGGCCCAGGUGUUCAAGCUGCUCGACCCGGACCGGACGGUCGUCGAGUUCAACAGCCGCUGGCUCGGGGCGCUGCGCAGCGAGGACUGGAUAAGGGCUCGCCGCCAGCUACAACGUCGCACAGAUGCUCGAGCGCCGCACUUCCGGCAGCGGUACGACCGCGGGCAGCCGAUCGCGAUCCACGAGUUCCUGUAUCCACUCACGCAGGCCUACGAUUCGGUGCAUCUGGCGGCGGACGUCGAGCUAGGGGGCACCGACCAGCUGUUCAACCUCAACGUGGGUCGGGACGUCAUGCCCUCGUUCGGGCUCCCGCCGCAGGUGGUGAUGACGGUGCCGCUGCUCGUGGGCCUCGACGGCGUGGAGAAGAUGUCGAAGUCGGCGGGCAACUACGUGGGCAUCACCGAGCCUCCGGACGAGAUGUUCGGGAAGCUGAUGUCGAUCUCCGACACCCUGAUGUGGAGCUGGUACGAGCUGCUGACCGACCUGCCGUGGCCGAGAUCGAGCGGCUGCGCGCGCGGGUGGCGGCCGGCGACCUGCACCCCAAGCGGGCCAAGCAGGACCUGGCGCGCCGCGUCGUCGCCGAUUUCCACUCGGAUGACGCCGCGGUGCGGCCGAGCGCGAGUUCGAGCGGCGGUUCAGCGGCGGGGCGCUCCCGUCCGAGCUGGAGGAGCAGGCGGUGGCGUGCCCCCGGCGGGCGCCCGGCUGUCGGCGGUGAUGGUCGAGGUCGGCUUCGCCGCGUCGAACAGCGCCGCGACCCGGCUGAUCGACCAGGGGAGCGUGCGGGUCGACGGAGAACGGACCGUCGACCGGGGGGCGCGGUUUCCGACGGACGCCGGCCCGUUCGUGCUGCAGGUGGGCAAGCGCAAGGUCGUCAGGGUGAUUCCGCGACCCGCGGGGCAAGAAAACGCGUCGACGUGA